AUGGGCGCGGGCCUGGUGGCGCUGCCCCGCCCCACGCCGCGUGCCCCUGACCACGACGAGGCCUUCGUGGAGGAGAGCGGCAUCAAGCUGUUUGAGUCGCGGCGGCAGGAGGAGCAGGCCGCCGCCAGGAAGCAGGGCGGACGAGGCGGGCGAGGGCUACGAGGAGGACCCGCUGUACGAGCUGGACGUGCUGGACGACACCAUCGUGGAGGACGACGAGGAGGAGGACGACGACGACGACGACAAGGCCAAGGCCAAGGACGCCGCGCCCGCCCCCGCCAGGGUGCCCCCCAGGACGCGCCCCCCGCGGCGGAGCUCAGCACCAGCCUGAGCAGCGGCCUGGGCAGCGGCAGGAGCAGCGGCUCUGUCAGCAGCGGCGGCGGCCCCGCCAGCAGCGGCGCCGCGGUGAACGGCAAGCGGGACUCCUGCAGCAGCAGCGGCAGCAGUUCCCGGGACAGCGGCGUGGGCGACACCGCCUGGCCGCCGCCGCCCGAGCCCCUCGCCCGCGCCAGGCCCCUCCGGCUGUCCCUGCCGCCCGCAGCGCGCACGCACCACCAUCACUUCACCAUCAGGCGCGUGGCGGAGGCGGAGACGGCGCAGGCGGCACCCUCCGCGGCCCAGUGCUACGCGCGCAGGACCACGGAGUAUAUUGAUGCGCGCCUCGCAGAGCGCCGCUCCUCAGACCCAGCGCAGGCCGCCACCCAGCAGCCGCCCCGCGCCCUCACGCCAGUCUGGCUCAGGAGGCUGCCCUCGGAUGCAAGCAGCGCCUCCUCGGGGAAGACCCAGGGCGGGGAGGGAGCCCAGGACUCACACAAGGACUCGCAGACAGGCAGAGGGAGUGGAGGCGGGGGCGCGGGGGGCAGGGUGAAGAUGGCGCCCCCCAGCACCCUACACGCCCACGCUCUGGUACCUGGAGCGUCGCCACUUCCAGAAGGGUGAAGAUAAAGGCUGAAAAGGAGGAGGAAGCGUCUUUCCGUCAACGGCGUAAAAGUGGCGAUGAUAUUCUGACCAGUGGCGGCGCCGGUGUGGGGAUAGGUGUGGGCGCCGCUGGGUCAGGUGUGGCCACGUCGCGCAGGAAGGAAGGCCCCCAGGGGUUUUUUGAUUCCUUCAGGCCCCGCUCGAAGUCUGAUGCCCGGGCUAUACUGGCAGCCCGACAGAGAAGGAAGUCUGGCGAUGACGUGCUUAAUGCCAGCGUGAAGGAGAAGGAGAAGAAGAAGGAGGCCGGUCCAGGGUUCUUCGACUACCUGGGCAGACGGCCGCGCUCCAAGUCUGACGCAUCAAGGGUGGGACGCAAGCCUAACAUUAUCACCUCGAUGAAAAAUGCUGUGCAGAGCUGGAGUGAUGAGAAGGAGCGAAGACGAAGAGAGCGAGAGGCACAGCGGAGAGAGAGGCAAAUAAUGCUUGGCCGGUUCUCCAAGUCUUGUCAGCACACCCUGGUCUCCCCCAGCAGCACAAGGAGUGGGCGCCGGAGCGGGGACG